AUGGGUUUGAAGGCCGUGGAGGAUUAUCGAGAUCCUCUUACUCUGUCGCCGAUUCGAAAAGUACACAUCGUGCUCGCGGGCAUUUUGUUCAUUUUCAACAGUGCUUUUGGUUCUUCUCUUCCCUCGGGUGCCCACGAUGCAAUCGCAGACUAUUUCCACAUCGCCCAUGAUGAUACCAAGCUCGUCCUUUUGAACUCGCUGUAUCUCGUGGGUUUUGCCAUUGGUCCACUCAUCUUUGGACCGCUGAGCGAGCAUGUCGGCCGCAGGCCCGUUCUCAUCGGCACCUUUAGCGGUUAUAUCAUCUUCACCAUGGCUUGCGCGUUAUCGCCUAACUUUCCGGCCUUGCUUGUUUUACGUCUUCUCUGUGGCUUGAAUGCUGCUUCUCCAAACGCCGUGCUGGGAGGUUUGUAUGCUGAUAUCUUGGAUAAUCCUCAAACUCGUGGCAUUGCCAUGGCGCUUUUCAUGGUCGUCACUGGCUUUGGGCCUCAGCUUGCGCCGCUUGUCUCCGGGUUUAUUUCUACCGUUUCGUGGCGCUGGACCUUUUGGGUUGGUCUUGCGGCUGCUGGUGUCGGAUAUCCGUUUAUUCUCUUCAUCCCGGAGACGUAUGUGCCGGUGUUGAAAAGGCAACAUGCGCGGCGAUUGGCCAAGGCCGGGAAAUAUGAGUUGAAGGCUGGUGAUGUUGUUCCGCCUCAAGGUCCUGGUCAUCGUGGAGAUGAUGUUCUGUCUAUUUUCAUGAGGCCGUUUGUAAUGACAGCCAAGGAGCCGGUUCUUCUCUUUGCUUCGCUCUUUAUGGGUUUCACAUAUGCGAUGUUUUACCUGUACUUCCAGGCUUAUCCGCUUAUAUUCCAAAAUCUCUAUGGAUUAUCGCCGGGAGUCGCAGGGCUCGCAUUUUUACCCAUUAGCGUGGGCGCUUUGGUCGCUUUCGCACUCUUCUUGCUAUAUGGCUCGUAUCACUCCAAGGCCGUGAAAGAAGGCAAGCCUUGGGCCACACUUGAGGAGUAUCGUCGUCUGCCGCUUGCUGCAUUGGGGGCACCAUUACUCCCAAUUGCCCUCUUCUGGUUAGGAUGGUCUUCUAAAUUGUCCAUCCACCCCAUCGUUCCCAUGAUGUCUGGUCUCUUCUUCGGCAUCGGGUAUAUCCUGAUCUUCAUGGCUAUGAUCAACUACCUCACUGAUGCGUACAAGCAGUACUCGGCAUCUGCGCAGGCUGCUGCAAGUACGCUGCGAUCGUGCCUUGCGGUUUGUCUGCCGUUGGCCACGAAUCCGAUGUAUGGAACGUUGGGGAUCAACUGGGCGAGCUCACUUUUGGCUUUUAUUGCCAUUCUCCUUGCGGUGAUUCCAUUCGUGUUUAUCAAGUAUGGACAGUGGAUUCGAAGCCGAAGUCCAUUCUCUCAACAGGUGAUGAAGGGCGCGUUAACUGAGAGAGCGGCAGACACAAUAGUGUAA